CGAUCUUUCCAUCUUCUUUGAAGCAAAGAGAAGAGGAGAGAAGAGAAGGGAAGGCAACUGAAAGCGAGUUGUUUCCACAUCCAAUCACUCACCUCAUUUUCCAAUCCAACUUCAAAAUUCCUCUAUUCAUUUUAAUUUUCUCAAACCCAUCUUUCGUUUCAACGAAUUUCUUUUUCCUAUUUCUCUGAUCUCGGUUUUGAUCUCACGAUCUCUCCAAUCUCCUUCUUAUUUCUCCAUGGAGGAGCAGCAGCAGAAGACGCCGAAGAAUCAAGAAAUCCAAGAUGAUCACGAAGACAAUGAAGCAAUUGAGCUUGUUCUCUUUCAAGUUCCGGAAUGUUAUGUCUAUUUGAUACCGCCAAGAAAAACUGCAGCUUCCUACAGGGCUGAUGAAUGGGAUGUGAAUAAAUGGGCUUGGGAGGGAAAACUAAAAGUCCUUAGCAAGGGAGAAGAAUGCAUUAUCAGACUUGAAGAUAAGAGCACAGGUGAGUUAUAUGCUCGGGCGUUCUUGAGAGAUGGAGAAAAGCAUCCAGUUGAACCUGUAAUUGAUAGCAGCAGAUAUUUUGUUCUUCGCGUGGAAGAGAAUAUUGAUGGUCGCCUCCGGCACGCAUUUAUUGGCAUAGGAUUUCGAGAAAGAACCGAGGCUUAUGACUUCCAAGCAGCUUUGCACGAUCAUAUGAAAUAUCUCAACAAAAAGAAGAGUGCAGAAGAGAUGGAACAACAGUUCCAGAAUACAUCCUCGGUUGAUUAUAGUUUGAAAGACGGGGAGACUAUAGUACUUCAAUUAAAAAGCAGAAAAAGCACUAGCAACGUCAAGAAGUCUACUGAGCUGGAUCAUGUGAAAGUUUCCUCAUUAGAAGAAGAAGGCAACACAAAAAAAGAUUCAAUUUUUUGUAUCAGACCGCCUCCACCUCCUCCAGCUCCACUUUCACCUGUUGCAUCCCAAAAAUCUCCUAAAAAUCUACCACCAAAUAUCAAUUUGGAAGAACCUUCUAAGCAAAAAGAUACGGAACCUGCAAAAGAAGACACCAAUGAUGCUGAAGUUCAAAGCACACUUGAUAUACCUGACGACGAUUUUGGAGAUUUCCAGACAGCUGCGUGAGAUGACAUGGAACUUUGUACAUUCUCGAGUACUCUCAUCGAUCUUCGGUUUCCAGUAGAUUCUGCACUACAAAUUGUUUAGUUUUUACAAGAGAUCUUAUGUACUGUUGUUAAACCUGUGUUGUGAAAUUAGCUUGAAGAGUUUCCAAUAAAGAGUGAUCCCAAAAUUAUGUGAUGUUACCAUUCUGGGUGGUUCAAUUAUAAAUGUGACGAAGCCAAGUGAAAGGGACAAAAGAGAAUAUGGAAUAUCGUAGAAAGUUCUCUCAAGUUUUA